AGAGGCUCGCCCUGGCCCGGGACCCCAGCUGCGCCCAGUUACCGGCAGGGGCGGGCCGCCGCGGGAGGGGACGGAGCGGCCGACGGACAGCGAUGCAGUGAGGGAGGGGGCGGCCGGGUUGGCCAUGGCUUCCCCGUUCCCGGCCGGCAACAGCGGCGGGGAGCCGAGCUCCGGGGAGGAGUCGGCCGGGCCGGAGGAGGAGGCCCGGGCGCUGGCGGAGCAGUUCGAGCGGGCGGCCGAGCGACUGCCGGGGCUGAUGCAGGCGGCCAGUAGGGAGCAGCUCCUCUACCUGUACGCCAGGUACAAGCAGGUCAAAUUUGGAAACUGUAACACUCCAAAGCCCAGUUUCUUUGAUUUUGAAGGAAAGCAGAAAUGGGAAGCAUGGAAAGCGCUGGGAGAUUCAAGUCCCCACCAGGCUAUGCAAGAAUACAUUGCCACAGUGAAGAAACUGGAUCCCAGUUGGAAUCCUCAGACACCAGAGAAAAGCGGAAAGGAAGGAAAAACUGGGUUUGGAGGCCCAGUUGUCAGCUCGCUGUAUCAGGAAGAAACCAUCAGUAUCCCCUUUAUCUUCAGAACUAUCCAAACAAGCCAUCUAGCCUUCAUCCAGGACCCUAACUUCGCUAGCAUGCUUGGAAAAGAAAGGAAUCCAGUUUUAAUGAGAAGAUAGACGUGUAGCUGAGUAUGAUAAGCAAAUGGCUCUGAAGCCCAAAACCUCACCAUCUUGCCAAGCAGCAUCCAUAUAUACUCACUGACCAGAAACUGAGUGACAAGAUGGAACCCUUCAGGAGUGCUGGAACAAUUUUUAUAGUUGGGGCACUGAAAGCGGAAACCAUGUAUUGAGUUGUUAGUACUACUUCAAGCCCGUACCACUGAAGCCC